CUUCGCAUCUUCAUCUCAUCCAUCACACAACACACAACCUAGCUAGCUACUGCAAGGUACUUGUACUUGCUGCUGAUCAAUCUUGCACACCCAGUUGAAGGUCGGCCAGACGAGGGUGUCUGUCAAGCAUGGCGUCCAAAUGUCUCAUUGUGGUUGCUGUCCUUCUUGCUGGGGCUUUCCUCGUGGCCACAGCUGAACAAACUCAGGCCAACAAGGAAGACACCGAGCCCGGUGUUCAGGGCGGCUACCCUGGACACGACGGAGGCGGUGGCGGCGGUUAUCCUGGACACGGAGGAGGCGGUGGCGGCGGGUACCCUGGACACGGUGGGGGUGGCGGCGGCGGCUGCAGUCACCGAUGCUGCGGGCACGGCGGCUGUCACUGCUGCGCCGGCCCCGACGAGAUCCCGGAGUCCAAGUAUCGGGCGGACGUCCGCAACUAAGUGCCGGAUGCAGCAGCGUGCAUGCGUAGUAUAGACGUACUACCGUUGCUCGUUGCACGCACGUAGUAACUACUCGUAUCCAUGGUCAAUAAGAAGGUAGUGGAUGUGUAUGUAUGUACAUAUACGUACACAUUGCACUGUUAUCCUGAUCCAAAACCAGGACCCCGUUAUGGUCGUGUUUUUGUUUACCCUGUAAGACUUGUCUUUGUUGCUCAAUAUGCAGGCAACUCUCGUGCGUGCAUGUUAUAACAAAAUCUCAGGGCUUCUUAUCUUA